UUUUUGUAAGUUUAUGUGCUUUUCUUCUUGUUCCAGGUGAUCUCCGCCAUCCACUUACAGAGCACGCAGAAAUAAAUCGGCGCUUUGAGCAACUGCAAGGAGAAAUGUUACUCCAAGAAUGAAGCAAUAAAACAUCUCUGCAGAACCGUAUGAUUGAGAACGCAGUUCAACCCUCCUCUGCUGCCAGACAUGCUUUAAUCCUCCUGCCCCACUCACCCACUGUUGCAGUAAUACAGAUGGAUCGUAGCAGAGAGGCAGAAAUGGCGUUACGGAGAUCCUCCAGCCCAGGCAAGCUGAGCAAAAAUGACAUGGAUGCUGACAAGACCAUGUGCCACAGCUGCUGCAUCUGUGGUAAAAGUUUCCCUUUUCAGAGCUCCUUAUCGCAGCACAUGAGGAAGCACACAGGUGAGAAGCCCUACAAAUGCCCUUACUGCGAUCACAGAGCUUCCCAAAAGGGCAACCUGAAAAUCCACAUCCGGAGCCACAGGACAGGCACUUUAAGUCAGGGACAUGAGGUAGAGAUGGGAGAGGCUCAGCUGGGUGAGAUGGGAGUGUCGGAGGGCCUGGGCGGCUGCACCAGCCCCACCAAAAGCACGUCUGCCUGCAACAAGAUCUUGAAUGGUAGCGCUCAGUUAGAUAGCAGCAAGAUCUUGUUGAGAAGCAGCAAAAAGGACGUCACAGAGGCGAUGCCUGCUGAAGAGGAUGGCAAACUCUCUGCUUACCCGUGCACCUUCUGCAAAAGCAAAUUUGAAAGGAAGAAGGACUUGGAGCAGCACCUGCACCAGAUCCACAAACCAUUCAAGUGCAGGCUGUGUAGCUUCAUGACCCUGAGGGAGGAGUCAUUGUUAAGCCAUGUGGAGAAGGACCAUGUUACUGCUCAGGUCCCAAAUGGGGAGGCCUACGCUGAGAACUGCAAGAGUGAGCUGAGUGCUGGUGAGUUUCCUUGUGAAGUCUGCGGCCAGGCCUUCAGUCAAACCUGGUUCCUGAAAGCUCACAUGAAAAAGCACAGGGGCUCAUUUGAUCACGGCUGCCACAUUUGUGGCAGAAGAUUCAAAGAGCCCUGGUUUCUCAAAAACCACAUGAAGUCACACGGCCCGAGAUCUGGGAGCAAAAACAAACUGAAAAACGAGCUGGAGCUCAUAGCCACUAUCAAUGAUGUGAUACAGGAGGAGACGAUUGUGACUGGCCUGUCCCUGUAUGAAGUCUGCGCCAAGUGUGGAAAUCUAUUUACAAAUAUGGAAAGCCUAAAGGCGCAUAAUGCUGUGCACUACCAGGCUCAGCGGGGCAGCACUGGGGAUAAAGCCGAGGGCUUAAUCGAUGGGAGCCUGAGCCCCUCAGUAACAAAGCAGUUUUUCUUGCAGUGUCUCAGUCUAAGGCCAUCUGUAGGGAUGGAUAGAGUUACAAGAGGACAGCCUGGCAAAAGAGUAGCUGAGCUGGAUCCAGUCAGUAGCUACCAAGCUUGGCAGCUGGCCACCAAAGGAAAAGUAGCAGAGCCCUCUGAGUAUGUGAAGUAUUUGGGGUGGGACGAGGCCCUGGCGGACGCGGAUGUGACUUAUGACAAAGAUAAGAGGGAGUACAUCCUCGUCAACCAGGAGAAGCGCAAGCGGGAGCAGGAUUCGCCCAGCUCCUCCAGCAACCCCAAGAAGAAGAGCUGUCCCAGCGGGCGCCUGGAGAAGGCCAGCAGCGUCCUGCCAGGGGAGAGCUGCCCGCCCGCCCAGGGUGAUGUGGACUACCGUCCCUCCUCACGACAGGGCAGGCGGGCCACCCAGAACAAGUCCACCGAGUGCUUCGAGUGCGGCAAGAUCUUCCGCACCUACCACCAAAUGGUGCUGCACUCGCGGGUGCACCGCAAGGAACGGAGGAGCUGCCGCGAAGGUGGGACGGCCGCCCAGCCCGACCGCUAUGGCUCCAGCAGUGAAGAAGGGGACUUGGGUUCCGUCAGUGGGCCCAGCACACCUGACUCCGUGUCUGCUCUGGAGGACUCAGCCACCUCUGGCCUGGGGGAAGAAGGGGCCGAGGAGAGCUCGGAGGAGGGAGCGGCCGACCCCUCGCUAGGUAAGAUGGCUGCUGGCUGGGCCACGCAAUGAGCAAAGUGUGUGGGCAGGAUGGAGCCCUGUGCCCAACAUGCAUUGCUCUGUGUGCCAUUUUCGUUGCUGCUGUUGCGAUAGAUGUGAGGUCAGAGGAUGUCUUCAGAAGGUGCAGGCAAAUUUGUAUUUCAGUGGGGGAUAUACCCAAGAACUAUCUCAGUGCCCUGCAGCGUUACCUCUGCUGUUACGUCGAGCUGCCCUCCCAGCACGGAGAACGUGUAGAUGGGGUACUUAGGGACAUGGUUUAGUGGGCAAUAUUGAUGGUAGAUGGACAGUUGAACUAGAUGACUGAGAGGUCUUUUUCCAUUCUGUGAUGUCUCGGGGCUAUUUUUCCCCAGUUUAUGGAUAUCCAGCCCCAGUCCUACCUUCAGCAAGCUCCUUCAGGAAGGGUGCAGCUUGUGUGGUGUUGCUCCUAAGCAUGUGAACUCAUUAAUAGCCAGCAUGAAAGGUGUUUCUCUCCUCUCCUUUCUGCUUUGCUUCUCAAACUUGUGUUUAUAACUCUAAGGGCUAUAAUUAAUCUCUCCGGGUUAAAGCGGUCCUUUGAGCCCAACACUACUAAAUGGAACAAAUUAUGCUCCAAAUAACAGCAAUGUAAAUAUUUAAAAGAACACUAUUAACCACUUUUGUAUAGUUUUUUUUUUUUCCUUCUGAUUUUUGUUGUUUACCGUUAUUUGUUUUAUAAUGCCCUUUUAGA